UCUUUCAUUUUCUUUUGUUUUCGGGCAAUGAACUCAAAUCUGGAGGUCUACAAAUCCAAUAUGGAUUCGCAGAAGCAACCCUACAGUCAUACUUCAGAGGACAUACCCCUUUACAAAGUAUUGACAGAGGAGAAACAUGAUGACUGCCUUAUGUUGGAAGACACUUUACAAGGAGACGACAAGCGACAGCCAGACUAUGAUGUUCACAAGCUAAAGAAAAGUAAAACCUUUCUUUACCUUAAGCCUUUACCUUUGUUUUGUAUCAGUAGCUUCUUUAUCAUUGCCCUAUUGCUCCUUUUACUACAUGCAAAUGGAAAGAGUAUAGAAUACACCAUCAUAGGGCUCAAAAUACCAGCAAUUGUCUCUCUCCUCCUUAACAUUACUACAUUGUUCAUUAUUAGUGGAGUAUCUACAGCAAUUGCAGAGUAUAAAUGGGUUCAUUUAAAAAAGGGUGCAGAACUGACUUUGAUUGAUGUAUAUGAUGGAUGUACAAGAGGCUUAUCAGGUUUUUCACUGACAAUAAGAGCAAUGCAUUUUGACUUUGUAUUAUUGGUAGCCUUCCUAUUUCAUCUUGGGAUUUUAGUCUACAAUCCUUUGACUCAAGAAGUCCUUGUUCCAAUGACCUCAAGCUACAAUAAGACGGGUAUUGAUGUUCGAUUCUUUGCUUACAAACCUUACUAUAUAGAAGAUCGUGGAGAAUUAAAGUCGUCUGGUAUGCCUCCCAAGAUGAACGGUCUUACAAAAAACGCUUAUAUCACAACAUCCAGUUUCGCCCAAGCAGCCAAUGGUUCACCUGCAAGUCCUCUUUUCAAGUGUCCUUCUGGUUCUGAUUAUUGCAUCUUCAACAACGUUAGUUACAUAUCCACCACAAUGACAUGUAAUCAAGUGACAGAAAACGACACAGCCAUAGUGAAUCGAUGGGGUACAAAUAGAACAGUUGUUGUUCUGAAAGAAUAUUUUACGUUUGACAACAUCACUCAUAAUUCUGAAGGAAAGAAGAUGGUCUUUCCCAAAUUUCUUUAUGCUACUGAAAUGCUUGGGCGAACGUAUUAUGAUUUGUUAAACUAUACUGCUCCUUUGAUGCCUGGUUUGAAUAUCCCCAUGAUAUUUGCUUCUACCACAGAAUAUGAUCCGCAAUACAGGCCUUAUGUAGGUGACCAAGUCUUUGUUGUAGCCUAUAGAAACAGUGAUAUAGCAUAUGGCGUUGCCUCCAAUUACACAGAACUUACUUUCAAAAAGUGCCAUUUCAAUUCUAGCCUUGUUUUAUCUACAUGGAAAACAAGUAAUGGCACAUUGGUACAAGCUAGUGUUGACACAACUACACCCAUUGUAAUGGAUUAUGAUAAUGUCUUGGGCAACAAUGUUGCUCUAGCUCCGGAUCAACUCUUGAAGAACAAAAGCACUUCUGUUAUGGUGAAUGCUUAUAUUAUGCAACAAGCUCUUCUUGUUGAAUUGACGACACCUAAAUACUAUUCAAUGGCAGAUUACAUGUCAGCGUAUAACAUAAACAACCCUGAUCCAAAGUUUGAAUUAUUUAUGAAAGAUGCGCUUAUAGCCUUCGAUUAUGCAUUCUUUCAAGCACCUUAUGUAUCGCAAGAUUUUGCUUCAUUAGAUGUAUCUCCCUAUGAAGGCCUUGCAUUCUUUACGACAACACCAACAUACUCUGUAAGCAAAUUAGGUGCAUAUGCUCUUUGCCUUUGUCUCUUCCUACCUGUCAUUUGGUGGGUAUGCGUAUGGUUCAUAAGUAUGAAAGAGACGGAAGGCAUUGCUCGUGGUAAUUCUCAAAUCGCUUUAUUGGCUACAGGCAUGACACCGCUCGCUGAAACUCAGUUGCAUGAAUUCUCUUAUUUGGGUAGUUCGAAUGCUUUUAAGAGUGCAAAGAAUAUCAGGAUCCGUAUAGGCAUAUUUAAAAAAAACCAAAAGAAACGUGUCACGUUUGGCAUUGAAGGAGAAGAAAACCUUUAUCCUCUUAAAAAUCAAUAAGCGACUCUACUAUGCUUGAGAGAUCUUAUCGGGUAAAACAUUUUGCCGCAAGC